UCUUCCAAGAACGCAUGAAAAACUGUUAACAAUGAACCCUUCUCCUUCCCUGUCAAUCCCUCCCUGCUACAGGUCUCCUGGGAUCUUGCUGCAUGCACCAAGAACAAGAGGCCCUUUUCCCUUUCUGUGCAGUCAAAGCAGCAGCUUCAGCAAAGACCAAGGACAAACCCACAACUGCAAGGGGUUGAAAUUUAUUCGGGGGAAGAAGCAGUUGAAGGAUCUCAGCACUUGGGGCAUUGGAGGCCCUUGCAAUUAUUUUAUCCAAGUAUUCGAUCAGACCCAACUUGUUUCUGCUAUCAGAUUCUGCCGUGAGCAUUCAAUCAGGUUCAUUGUCAUUGGUAAAGGCUCAAACUGUUUGUUUGAUGAUGUGGGUUUUGAUGGUUGUGUAAUAUUGAACCGGAUUGAGUUCUUGGAAGAAGGAACCGGUAUAUACAGAGUUGGAAGUGGCUUUCGAUUUAACCGGUUAGGGGUGCAAUGCUCCAAUGAAGGAUUCACAGGACUCGAGUUUGCUGGAGGAAUUCCUGGUACUGUGGGAGGAGCUACUUAUAUGAAUGCUGGAGCAAACGGGCAGGAGACCGCUAAUGCUAUACGUAGUGUUGAAUUUGUAACAAUGACUGGGAAGUUUCUUAGAUUUAGCAGAACUGAUCUCGUUUUCGGGUAUAGGUCAUCUCCAUUUCAAGUUAUGGAAGAAUUGGCAGCCAUCAUUGCUGUUACAUUUGAACUGCAGCAUUCAGGAUCAGCGAAGAGAAGGCAGCAUGAAUACAUGGAAAGGAGAAGAAUGUCUCAACCGGUUGGGGAACAAACCGCUGGCUCAGUCUUCCGCAAUCCAUUGGAUAUGGGGGUUGCAGCAGCUGAGUUGAUUGAGAAAGCCGGGUUGAAAGGUUUUAGAGUGGGAGGGGCAAUGGUAUCCAAAAUGCAUGCAAAUUUCUUCAUAAACUGCGGUGGCUCAACCUCUCAAGACAUGCUUCACCUCCUUGCUGUAGUGAAGGAAAAGGUUGAUCAGAAAUUUGGAGUGCAACUCAAGAAAGAAAUCAUAUACAUUCAUCCGGAAAUAACCGAUGUGGACCGAAACAAAGAUAGAUGACUUGUAAAGACACACCAUAUGUGUACUGCUGUUAAAAACAUUCAUCCAAAUAGAAAGGAUUGGUGCAA